AUGAUUGCAGCAACAAAUUUAACGGUAGUUGGAACGCAGACGAAAACUUUUCAAGAACUGGCAUGUUCCCCUCUUUUGGUUGGUGAAUUACAAAAACAAUCUUUUUGUUUCGCAGUUGUCAAUAUUCUCCUUUCCAUAACUGCAUUCCUUGGAAAUUUUCUUAUCCUUGUUGCCCUUCACAAGGAAUCUUCACUUCAUCCGCCGUCCAAAUUUUUGUAUCGUUGUCUUGCAACAACUGACCUUUUGGUUGGACUUCUUAGCCAGCCUCUUUCUGCUAUUUACUAUAUGACGUUAGUUUGCGAAGACUGGAGUCUUUGUCGAUACGCAUGGGACACUGGGUACGUAACAGGCUAUAUAUUAUGUGGAGCGUCUUUGUUGACGAUUAUGGCCAUAAGCGUGGACAGACUUCUCGCCUUGUUAUUGGGGCUAAGAUACAAACAAAUUGUAACUUUGAGGCGCACAUAUAUCAUUGUAGCUACUUUUUGGGUUAUACCUGGUGUUGCUGCUUUUUGCUAUUUUCUGGAUCCCCAGAUUUCAUUUUGGUGUAGCGUUAUAGUUCUGCCGCCCUGCUUAUUAAUUUCAGUCGCCUCGUACGUUAAGAUUUUCCGCGUUCUUCGUCGACAUCACGCUCAGGUUGGAGAUCAUCUUCAACAAAAAACGAGGAAACCAAACGUACUGAACUUGGUGCGAUUUAAAAAGGGAGUGUACAGUGCACUGUGGGUUCAGUUAGCCUUGGUUGUUUGUUUCCUACCAUAUAGUGUAAUACAAAUUAAUAUAGUUUACAGCAAAACACAUUCAUCCCAUUCUUACGUAACUUUUGGAAUAGUUUCGUCUUUAGUGUUCUUUAACUCAUCUCUAAACCCAUUUCUUUACUGCUGGAAGAUUAGAGAAGUAAGAGAAGCAGUAAAGCAGACAAUCAGACAAGCAUUUUGCUGUCCAUGGGGUUAA